UGCUAGUUUUAUAAUUUCUCUGUUAGGUGGUGCCAACACAGGGCCUCUUAGUCCAUUUCCUGGUAGCAGAGAGAGAGAAUAUGGAGUAGAAGAAUAUAAUGCAUUUAGAAGGCAACAGAGUGCAUUUAGAAGCAGUGGAACAGCCUGCCUCCAGAAGCGGUGAAUGCUCCAACAGUGGAAGUUUUGAAGAAGAGACUGGACAGCCAUUUGUCGGAAAUGGUAUAGGGUUUCCUGCCUGAGCAGGGGGUUGGACUAGAUGACCUCCAAGCUCCCUUCCAACUCUUCAGCUCUGACUGAAUCCCGGACAAUCAUUUCAGCAGUUCCAAGAAGGCUCCCCAUCCAUUUGCACCACUCAGGGGACCCCGGAAGACACAGGCAAAUCUCCAGGCGGCCUCAACAACUCUCUAAAAGGAGGCAAAUGACCAGCGCUCUGCAAGAAGUAUAAAUCCUUCCAUUUCCCCCACCAUCCAGGCAGAGCAGAAGAAGCUUCUUGGAUGAAGAAGCCAAACGUCUUCAAAGAAAAACAAGAAAGUCCAGUUGCCUCCUGGGGGGGGGAAAAAAAGCACCUUUGGGACCGGAAGGGCAAAGUUGAUCGUCAAGUUGAUCGAAGGAGACGGAAGAAGAGCGAAGGAGGAAACGGUGCGCCUAUCGCGGGAGAAGCAGCAGCAACAGGCCGCCUCCCCCCUCCCCAGCGGCCGCACCUGAUCUAGCCUCCGGCCAGGUACUUUCCACUCAGGUGUGUCCGCAGUCUGGGAGACGGAGCGAUCGCGCAAUAUUGUCGCUUUUGCAUCAGCCGCAGCGCUUGUUCCGAGACUUGCGCUGCUGGGGAGGCUCUUCCUAAAGUCGCUUGCUCGCGAGAACCCCCUCGGGCCUUCGAUCGAAUGGAUCGCCUGGUUCUUUUCCACUUGAUCCCCUGGAACUUCGCCCAGGGAAGGAUCCCCCGAGGGCCCGCGGGACGGAGGGCUCCAAACCGCAAGACGGAGACGGGGCUGCGCUCCCUCCUCCGGGCGCUUCUUUUCCUCCUCCUGCGCGGCGGCUGCUCCGAUGGACACACACACUCUCUGUUUUAUCUCUACACCGCCCUGUCAGAACCCGUUGGGGACUUGCCCCAGUUCACAGCUCUGGGAUAUGUAGACGGCUUCCUUGCUGGUUCCUACAACAGCCUUACCAAGCGGGCCGUGUCUCAAACCCCUUGGAUGAAGAAGAUUGAGGGAGAGGACCCCCACUUCUGGGACUGGAUAACCAACAGAGCCUUCCAUUCUGGGCAGCGGUUCAGGAAAGACCUGGAGGAUCUCCUGCGACAGAAUAACCAGAGCCAGGAGCUUCACGUCUGGCAGCGGCUGUAUGGCUGUGAGCUGGCGGAAGAUGGGAGUGAAAGAGGCUACGAUCACUAUGCUUACGAUGGGAAGGACUUCCUCAGCUUCAACAAGGCCACCCUCAACUGGACGGCAAUCAGUGCUGAGGCCGAAAUGACCAAGAAGAAAUGGGACGCUGAGUUGAACAGGGGCUGGCGCAAAAAGAUAUACCUGGAAGGGGAGUGCUUUGCAUGGCUGAAGAAAUGUCUGGAGUAUGGCACAGAAGCUCGAGCAAGGAAGAGAGCAGAGCCCCCAGUGGUGACGAUCAGAAGCAAGACUCAGGCUGAUGGCAUGGAAAUACUUCUCUGUCAAGCCCACGGCUUCUAUCCCAGGGAGAUCGAUGCCUCCUGGAGGAGGGACGGAGAGGUCUGGCUGGAAGACACCCUCCAGGAGUCUGUGGCUCCCAACUCAGAUGGGACCUACCAUUACCAGCUCAGCGUCCGGAUCGAUCCCAAAGAGAGGGGCCGCUACCGGUGCCACGUGGAGCACGAUGGCCUGCAGGAACCUUUGGAUGUAGCCAUGGAGGAGGCUGCUUCAACCGCUGUGUAUUUCAGAAUGGGAGGAAUGGGGAUUUCUCUCCUCCUGCUGGUGGUAUUAUAUGGAUGUAUUGGAUAUUGGACAAAGAAAAAGGAAGAAGAAGAAGGAGGAGGAGGAGGAAGAGGAGGAGGAGGAGGAGGAGAAGGAGAAGAAGAAAAAGAAGAAGAAGAAGAGUCCACCACUUCUGACGAUGUUCUUGAAUCAGUGAUGAAUUACAGGUAGUCUUUGACUAACAAUCACAAUUGGGACCAGAAUUUGGGCCACUAGGCCACAAGAAAGAUCGAAAUUAUGGAACUUUGAGUUCAUUUAAUCAAAGGAAACAUCAUUAGCAUUUUCUCUAAUGGUUGACUUAACACCUGGGGAUUGGCUCAUUUGAACUGACUGGAUGAACUUUUGAAUGGAGUUUUGCUUGGGACACUUUUAACCUAUUGAUCCGAACGGAAAACCCUCAGAUCCUGUCUAUUAUGCUUGCU